GCUAUUCGAAAGCUAAAGGAUUGUGAUCGCUUCUGUGAAUCUUUGAUAAGAAGGAACAGAUCUUCAUUUAAAAGAAGUUUGUGCAGAUAAAGAGUGCUGUUACUCAUUGUGGCCUCCUCCCAUACAGCAAGUUUAAUGGAAGACAUGGCAGCAGGAGUUCCAUCAACAAUUAUUGCUGGGGUGUCAUUGCUGGGCACCAGCAUUGACCAAAUAUCUAACAACAUAAACACAACAAGAAAUGUUGUCAUUCAGAUCACCAACUACAGUGACAAGUAUACCCUGGGAAGCCCAAGGGUCUACACCAAGAGUGGAUAUUGUCUCAGUCCUCCACAGCCUACGAUCCGAAAAAAGACCACAGAAGCAUGUUCAUUUACGAAAACCUCAGACACAGCCUGUGGAGCUGUAGGGAUCCUGACAUACACAAUACUUACAGAUGAGUGCAAUUCUGUUGGUGAACUUGUAAUUAUGUUCUCUGUGCCUUAUGACUACAAUAUUUAUGAAAAUUGGCUUGCUCUUGGAAUUUUUAACACAAGCAUAUCAUGUAAUGAUGAGCUAUUCAACCGACUGUAUUAUGAUCCUUCCACUAACGACUGUCCAUUCGCGAGAGGCAAAGGUGCAGGGAGUGGGAUAGCAUAUUCUACAGGACAAAUCUGUGUUAAGGGAACAAUGUCACCUGCAGGCAAAUCAGUUAUGAAGGUUGAAUUUUGGGAUCAGCUGUGUUGAAGCCUUUUACCAAAACUCAGGAACCAAAUACAAAAAUGUACAUGUUUAUAGGCAAGCCAAAAAAAGAGGAAUUUUAGAAAUUU